AUGUUUACCUCAAUUUUAAAAACCUAUUAUCAGCGGAGUACCACCAUUUUAACACCUGGACAAAUUGAAGAAAUUAGACAUCUCAAAAAUAAGCAUUCACAGCAAAAUGGAAACCACUUUUUUGAGGAGCUUAGGAAAGCACAAUCUAUCUCUUCAGAGAAUGGUUCAGAAGUUCAUACUAAACAACCUUGCGAAGUAUCUAAUAAGUCAACUCCAAAAGAAGUAUCUGAGGUUGUGAAAGACCCUCUGGGACUAUCACCUGCUGAUAUAAAUAUGAAAGAAAAGCAAAAAAAGAAAAACAAACUGUUAAAGUCUGAAUCCAUUCUAAAUUCUAACUUACCUAAAAUUUUAGCCAGAGGUUUUUUCCAAAACUCCUUACUAGAUGUCUCAUAUGAACUAAUUACUUUGAUUAAAAAAGAUCAUAUAGAAUCAGAGGAGUUCAUAUGUAAAUCAGAAAAGCUCUUUGCUCUUAACUCACUUCACUAA